CCCAGCGUGCCUUGCGGACGCGGGCGGGCGGCGGGUGAGCGUCGCCGGUCGGUCAGCUGGGCGCAAGGCGGGCGGUGCGGGCGGCAGCGGCAGUGGCGCUCGGGGCUCGGUCGCUGGCUCAGGGGAGAAGGCGCCCGCUCCGCCAUGGCCGAGACGAUCGCAGACACCCGGCGGCUGAUCAGCAAGCCGCAGAACCUCAACGACGCCUACGGGCCGCCCAGCAACUUCCUGGAGAUCGACGUGGGCAACCCGCAGACGGUAGGGGUGGGCCGCGGCCGCUUCACCACCUACGAGAUCCGCGUCAAGACAAAUCUACCUAUCUUCAAACUGAAAGAAUCUACAGUCAGAAGAAGAUAUAGUGACUUUGAAUGGCUAAGGAAUGAACUAGAAAGAGAAAGCAAAGUUGUGGUACCUCCUCUACCAGGAAAAGCUCUUCUCCGCCAGCUCCCCUUCCGAGGAGAUGAUGGUAUAUUUGAUGAUUCCUUUAUAGAGGAAAGGAAGCAGGCUCUUGAACAAUUCAUAAACAAGGUUGCAGGCCACCCACUGGCACAGAACGAGCGUUGUCUUCACAUGUUCUUACAAGAUGAAGUAAUAGAUAAAAACUACACACCAUCCAAAAUAAGGCAUACUUGAAUUUUAAAAGCAUCUUCUCAAAUAUUAGUGGUUCUUAUGCUUGGUUUUAAGAGGUUGUAGUUUGUCUUAGCAUGCUGAGGAUGAACAGGCACGAAGUCUCCACUAACACCAGUACACUGCUUGGUCUUUGCAUAUGCUUUGUAGCAUUUAAGAACUCACUUGUCUUCUAGCUAAAUCCCUCUGAAUCCUUGAUUUAAGAGUAUUAUACUAUGAAACCAUCCACCCCUUGCAAUGUCUAACAAACCUUUCCACUAUUAUUUGCAAUGACUUAACAAUGUUUACUGACUUGGCCUUACUUGAACUUUCACAACUGUAGUGUCACAUGUUCACUUGUAUUUGACUAAACUGCUAUGCUGUUUCUGAGGUAGUCACCUGUCUGAAUGUCUGUAGAAAGACUGCUUUAUUUCUGAUAUUCUGUAUGAGAAACACUUAUGCAAUUGUCUUCAAGCUUGUAAAACACUUUAUACUGAAGUAAUGAGGGAAUUAUCUUUAUAUUCUGUAAGAGGGAAAAAAAAGAAUUUAUAUACUAAAGUAACUUGUCUAAAGUUUUGAAAUAAAAGUGAAAAUGCACUUCAAAUAUUUUGUCACUCUUGA